AAAAAAGGUGCCUUUUUCUUGAGUGAUAAGCAAAGACAGACAGGCAUCAUCAUGGAUUUACAGCAGUACGACGACAAUUCAACAAUGAAUCUCACAGUCACGCCUACCUACUACGUCGCCUCGACUUACCAGCUUACCAAAGAGGACAGCUGCUGGAUCGUCUCGAACGCUUUUAUUAUAUUGACGAUGCAAACAGGUUUCGGGAUGCUCGAGUCGGGCUGCGUGUCCCUGAAGAACGAGGUCAACAUAAUGAUGAAGAACGUCGUGGACAUAGUGCUGGGCGGCCUGACCUACUGGAUAUUCGGCUUCGGCAUAAGCUUCGGGCUCAACGAGCCGAACAACCCGAUUGUCGGCUCGGGCGGUUACAUGAUCGACCCGUCGAUCGACGACCCGCUUUUCGGGCCCGUUUGCGCGUCCUUUGUCUUUCAGCUCAGCUUCGCCACCACGGCCACGACCAUCGUCAGCGGAGCCAUGGCCGAACGAUGUAACUUCAGGGCCUACUGUCUCUUUUCGUUUCUGAACACCAUAGUGUAUUGCCUGCCGGCCGGGUGGGUGUGGGGAGACCACGGUUUUUUGAAGAACAUCGGCGCCGUCGACAUAGCCGGCUCGGGGACUGUUCACCUCGUCGGUGGGGUGUCCGCUCUGGCGUGUGCCAUAAUGCUGGGACCUCGGCUGGGAAGGUACGACCAUGGCAUUGACCCUCUUCCGCUCGGCUGUCCCGUCAAUGCCGUCAUGGGUCUCUUUGUCUUGUGGUGGGGCUGGUUGGCUUUCAACAGCGGAAGCACCUACGGAGUGAGCGGCCAGCUCUGGAAGUACGCGGCCCGCGCGGCCUCCUCGACCAUCAUGGCCAGCAUAGGCGGUGGCGUCGUCGGCCUCGGCUUCAGUCUCACCAAUCCCAAGGGCAUCGACAUACUCAGCCAGAUAAACGGGAUUCUUGGCUCGCUCGUCGCAGUCACUGGUGGCUGCUUCUUGUACCGCGCGUGGGAAUCCAUCCUCGUGGGGAUGAUAGGCGGGUUCGUGACGUGUUUCCUCAUGCCAAUGAUCGACAGGAUUGGAAUCGAUGAUCCCGUGGGUGCGUCCGCGACUCACGGUGCUAGUGGAAUCUGGGGUGUCCUCGCGAUCGGUUUCUUCGCCGAUAAUCCAUACCCCCUCAACACGACGAGUGGACGAAGUGGCCUGUUCAAAGGUGGAGGAUGGGACCUGCUAGGGAUUCAAGGUCUGACGGUCGUGGUUCUGUCCGCGUGGAGCUUCGUGUCGUCGGUAAUUUUGUUAUGGGUGAUUGACAAAAUCAUACCGAUAAGAAUGAGCGCGCACGAGGAGCUGCUCGGUGCCGAUCUCGUCGAGCAUCGGAUACGACACACGCAAGUGAGCUUCUUUACAUUCAUUUUUUACUUGCUUAUUUACAUCGUACAGCGCUCUCUGGUUUUUCGAUUAAGUACACGACAGGAAUACAAUUUUUUUUUUUUUUUUUUUUUUUUUUUUUUUUUU